AAUAAUACCGUAACAAUUAGCUUCUCUAAUGAGUUCGCCACAUCGAACUGCUCCCAACAAACUGGGAUAUGAGGAAUCACUUAGUGUACUAAAGAGUUUAAAUGAAAAAUACAGCGCAAUUAAGUCAUGUUUGACACGUGAUACUAACUUAUGUACUAGUAAAGUUAAAGAGAGUGAAUUCAACUUAGUAUACGAUAUAGUUAGCCAAAUUGGAAUAUUGGAUGGAAAAGCGAUUCAUACGUGGGUUUGCGGCUUAAAACGAGAGGAAGGUCAAUUUUACUGCGUUACUAUCCCAUUUCAGAUUAUGAAACCACGGCCUUUUUCGUACAAAUAUUGGAAAUUGGCUUCAGACAGUGAUCGAGUCGUCCCGGUUUUAGAUAGCGAUUCAAUGUACUUACUGAAUUUUGACAUUGAGUCAUUUAAGGUUGAGUCCGAGAAGCAUAGUGGUGGGUCAACGAAAGGGACGUUGGAGGAAAGGAUAAUUCACGGGGUAAGUCGACAGAUUGCCAAUUGCAUUAAGUUACGAGCUACGUCACCUCCCGCCUCAGUGUUGGUUUCCUUAUUAGGUUAUACAUGCCGUAGUUGCCAGGUGAGUGUUUGUAAUGAUGUUGAGCAUCGAUGCUGGAACUAUUCAUCGUCACUAGUCACUCUGAUUGAGUUGUUGCGGAGCUGCGACAAUUUUCCAUUUUUUUACGGUCCUAACGGGGUUACUUUUAAUAAAGAUUUGAAUGGGAGAGUAAGUAGUAUGAUUCCUUUUAUAGUGUAUCAGUUAUGUGAACUAUCAUUAACUUCAAGUGUUGGACAAAUCGGCGUGGCAUGUGAACAAGGGUUGGUUGAAUGCUUAUUAUUUAGAUGUCAAGAACAUUUAUUUUCGUCUACUUUUAAGAGUAAGGAUUCCUAUAGUAGGCUUAGAGGGGUGAUUGAGGAGUUAGGGAUAUUCAUGAGGCGAACAUUGGAAAACGGGAUAAUCGUGAACGUGGAGCCAUAUCAACCUAUAAAAUCGCCGUCGAGCUUAGCGUAUGACGACGUUAGAGUUAUACAAUCUGAGGCCCCCAGCUAUUGGAAUUAUAUUAAAGGGUAUAUAUCGUACCAGUCUAUGGGUGGUGGUGUCAUAUCUCCUGAUCCUGAUAAGUUAACGUUAAUACAAGAUAGUACUUGUGACGAUUUUUUGUUUAAGAUAUUACACGAAAUAUAUUAUUUUAAAGGUAAUAUGUUAUUCGUUACUGGUGUUGCGGCUUUGGCGCUAAAAGACUCCGCCCAAGGUCAACGUGGGUAUAGCCAGCCUUUAAAUGAUGUUGCUGAGUAUAUUGAACUGGAUGGACAAAAGGUACCUGUCUUAAUGGACUAUCAGACUGAAGAUUUGCGACGUUUAUACGAUUUAGGGCUAAGUUUAAUCCCGCACACGGUUAAAGAUGCGCACAACUUGGAGAGCGAAUUUAUAGAAUUACAAACAACCAAUUCUUCUGGGAUGACGCCUGAAAUCGAAAAAGCGGAAAGGCAGUAUAUCAGCGAUCUAAUGGGAAACAAGGCUGACGCUCGUUUGGUGCAAAAUGUUCGUAAAACAAGAAUUGUCGAUGUAUUAAACGAACUGUCGCGGGGUUUAUCGACUAAGGAGGGUAUCGCUGAAGCAAUGGGGUUACCCGGAAAAGCUGGAACUCGAAUUCAAGUGUACAGGCGUUUGCGACUGAUUAUUAUGAUUCGUUCGGUUCCUCAGGCGAGUGGUUUUCUUAUUAUGCGGGCGUUGGAGGCUAUAUAUAGUCAAACUCCGUUUUCAACAUCUGGAAAGAAUACUGGAGACGUUCGAGAUAUGAACCGCGUAUUAACGAUUUCAGGGACGCCGUAUUAUAAAAGUUCAAAUGACGUUAAGGGGAUGGACGCGAGCACAAAGAAGAGUCAGCUGCUUUUUACUUUAUCGUUGGCGUAUCAAUCCUAUUCGUUAGAAAGGUCAGGUGGUCCAGCUUUUUUCUUAGGAUCUAGUCGCGAUAUACGGAAUGUCGAAAUGGUUAAAUAUUAUAAGGGUGAGAACCCAGAUCCAGAGCCUGAAUUGAAAGCGAUUACUCUGCCUCAAAUGAUGAUUGGUUAUGCUAUUAUGUACAUGUUUCACCAACGUAGACUAAUUGAUGGAACGUUUAACGACGAGGUAGAUGUGUCCCCUUUAACCUUUGCAUCUGGAUGGUGGGCUACGUCGGCGCAACAUAAUCUAUUAGGAUGCCUAAGUAUGGUCGAUAUACAGAAUGAAUUAACGUCCGGUAAUAGUCAGUGCGGAGCAGAUGGAAGGUAUGUUACCGUUUUAGGUGGUGUUGCGGGUGAUGAUCAAGUAAUAGGAGUGAAGUUUACUAAAUCGUUUAGUCGUGAUAAGGAAUUACAAUAUAGUAGAUGCGCUUGUAUGAUGUUAGAGCAACGUAUGAAUGCGUUGGGAUUUAUUUGUGAUCCAUCAUUAAGUUUAUUUAGUGCCGAGUUUUUGAAGCAGGUAGGGACUUGUGGAGCUCCUGAGGGUUUAGACGGAAGGAUAUGUGUUUUUUCAAGUGAGAGAGGGGACCAGUACGACAACUUCGGGAAUGUCAGGUAUGAAGAGGUUCUUGGAAUAAUUAGAGAGAAGUUAUCACGAACGCGUAAACCUGAGCUUUGGACACCUUGGAUGUAUAUGUUUGGCUGGGUUCUAGGAAUAAUGGUGUUUUCUUUCAACGCUAAAAGCGGGCACGUCAGAGUUCAUACUCGAUUCCAGUCACGGAGGGUGUAUGUCGGAAAGCCUAUUCGUCACCUUCUCCCUAAAUUUUAUCAAGCUCUAAAUGAAUUAGGUUUUCGGUACACUGAAUGGAAGGAUCGGGACAUUCAACACAUAGUAUUACGAAUGGGUCCAUUUUGGAUGUGUACUGACGAGGUUGGAGUUCCACUACCGGGAUUUUUGCUAGAUGAUGGUGACGUUUUACCGCCAAGUAGUUAUCUCACCACCCCUUCUUCCAGUGUUACUAUGGAUUAUGUAACGCAAUUGCCUGAUGGGUAUGUGUUAAAAGGAAAAACGGUUGAGAGCGGGAGGUUUCAAAAUCUCAAGUUGGAUGAGUCGACUAAAAAAAGUUUGGAAAUAUCACAAGUUUUAGCAAGACAGUACUAUCUGCCGUUCUGGUGUUAUGUGGAUAUUGAGAAGCUAAGGGAUUCGGGAGUAUUGGCUGGAAUGGUAGUACGUGGGUUAUGGCGUGGUGUUGAGCUUGAGCGACUGCGUGAAGUUAGCCCGAUUGUUCAUCAAUGGGAAAGGGUUGGGCAAGCUUAUUUAGAUCAGAAAAAACUAUUUGAGAGCGUUAGAGCUAGUGAGCAUUUGCUAAAUGAAUACAGGAUCAAAAUUCCUUCUCGAUCAGUGUACGCGUUCAAAAUACACGCUAAAGUUGAACAAGCCAUUACUGAGGUGGUUCGAAGUGACGAAGAGCGCGGUAGGAAUGUUGAGCAAAUGAUUCUUAGGACAAUUAAGUUAUCAAAGAGCAUCGAUAAUAGUAUAGGAGGACGAUUCCGCAUGUCUAUGUUCGAUGCUGUGCCGCUAAGAGCCUCUUUCGAGGAUGAACCGCAUGGCGGAUAUUUCUGGAUGGGUUACGGUUUCCCUAUUCCAAAGCGUAGCGUCGUCGGGUACUUUCUUUCAAUAUUUGGGUUGCCCAGUCUCUGCCAUUGUAUGACAAUCCCUUUGUUGGUUGGCUAUAAUGAGGGUUAACAGUGCUC